UUAAUAACUACGGUUACCGUAUAAAAAAGAUGUUAUGACAUCAGCCAUUAUUGAACAGGACAUUACAGGGACAUCAGUCCUUCCUAUAUCUAAGAUCAAGAAGAUUAUUCGUAUUGAUGAUGAUAUUGUCCAAUGCUCAAGCAAUUCAGCAUUCUUAAUUGCAAUUGCUACGGAAAUGUUUAUCCAAUAUAUGGUGCAACAAGGGCUAUUAAUGUGUCUGAAUGAGAAUAAGAAGAUAAUACAAUAUAGACAUCUUGCGAAUGCAGUGUCUAGAUUUGAUAAUCUGGAAUUUUUAUCAGAUACGAUUCCCAAGACGAUUGCAUUUAAAGAUAUUCCAUUAAAAAAGACAUCAAAAGUACUAACUAAAAAUACAUAACUUAAUAAACGGAUGAUGAGAAAUAAUUAGAAGAAAUAUUUUUGAA